UUAAUGGAUACUUUUGUAAUUGUCAUUAUUAUAGUAUGUGCCGGUAUUGUUUUGCCGUCUCUCGUCUUAUGUUGUGUCCUCACUCACAGGAAGCAAACGCCUUUAACGUCGCAGUCGCGAGAUUUGGAAAUGGGUAAAACGGGAUCAAAAGAUGGAGGCCUUGUUGUUUUGACAAGGAAUGUUUCAAUUACAGCUACUACGGUAGCUGAGGCUGUGAUCAUCGCAGAUUCUGGCGGUGGGGGCGGCUGUUGUUGUGGAUGUGAUGAUGGUGGAGGCGGAGAUGGAGGAGGAGACGGUGGUGGUUGUGGAGGUUGCGGCGGCUGUGGAGGCUAAGCGGGUACGGUUGUU